AUGGCAGCGGCAGUGCGUAGCAUGGCACUCAGCCAAAACCUGCACAAUAUUAUGCCGGGAAAUUGUGGACUUCAGCUGCAGCAAAAGCCGCUCGGUACCUCGCAGUUGACCAACAGUUCGGGGGCACUGCUGGGCAAACAGCGUCCGUUGGCACCGGCACCUUCGGCGGUGAUGGGCCACCGAGCGACGGCCAAGGUAGUGCCCGCUUCCGGGCCGGCCGGUGGACCGGUGGUGACCAAUGCGAAGAAGUACGCGUACUGUGGUCUACCGUACGCAACACCUCAACAAUCAGCCUCGGUGCAGCGGCGAAAUGCCCGCGAACGGAACCGCGUCAAGCAGGUGAACAAUGGUUUUGCGAACCUGCGCCAACACAUCCCAUCAACCGUGGUAACCGCGCUGACCAAUGGUACGCGCGGUGCAAACAAGAAGCUGAGCAAGGUAGACACGCUCCGGCUGGCGGUGGAGUACAUCCGGAGUCUGCAGCGCAUGCUGGACGAGAACGGUGGUGAGCUGGGCUCGGUUGCACCGACCAAGCAACAGAUUGCUUCCGCCGUCAGCUCCAAUCAACUGUCGAACAGUUCGAUCUGUUCCGCGUCUUCCGGUGGUUCCACCUACUACGGGACGAUGUCCGAACCGUCGAACGCGUCGUCUCCGGCACCGUCCCAUCUGUCCGACCAUUCGUCGCACGGUGGCGCGAAUGGUGGAUGUUACGCACCGAUGUCCGGUGGCUUCAAGCACGAACCGUACGACAUCUACGUCGAUCCGUCCAGCUCGCCAACACCUUCGUUCGGUUCCGACCACGGUAUUGGUGGUGUAACGUCCUCCGCACAUAUGCAUGCGGGCCACUCGACGGUGCUUGGUACGACCACCGACAACAACAACUACAUCCUCGCUCAGCACCAACAGCAACAUCAGCAGCAUCAACAGCAGCAGCAGCAACAGCAUCACCAACAACAACCGCAGCAUCAGCAGCAGCAGUACCACAGCCAUACUCACCACGCAGCGGUACAGUUCAAAACCGAACUCUACGAGGACUCCCCGUACGAUGAGGAGCUCAGCCCGCAGAAUCCGGACGAUGAGGAGCUGCUCGAUGCCAUCUCCUGGUGGCAGCAGCAGUAA